AUGGUCCUUUGCCUGAAGUCUGACAAGCGAAAACGACUGGUGAAGGCCAAGCUGGUUCAUGUAGUUCGGCAUGGCGAGGCACAGCACAACAUCCAGGACAAGUACCUGUUGAAGCGUGAUACAAAGUUGACAGAACGUGGACGUCGCCAGGCGAAGUCCCUGCACACCCUGCUGCCAAAGCUCAAGCCCGAGGUUGCCAUGACGUCUGCUGUUCUCCGCGCAUUGCAAACAACUCGCUGCAUGGGCUUCAUGGGCAAGACGAUGGUGGUUCCAGAGGCACGUGAGGUGGCUGGGUGGCCUGCCAAUGAUCCCAUCGACACGAAGCGGGCUCUCGCUGGCAACUUGGAGUCUCAGUUCGGCAAGUACGACUGGUCCUUGGUAGCCAAAGGCAGCCGUCAGACCGGUGGAAAUGGUGGCCAAGGUUGGGAGCGUACGGUGCAGAUCAAGGAUCGGGCACGUCGCCUAACCAGGCUCAUCGAGCGGAGGCAGGAAUCCAGCAUUUUGCUUGUGUCGCAUGGUGAGUUCCUGCAGCAUCUCACCAGCGACAAGUAUAUGCAAAACUGCUUCCCGCCUGCAACCGCCAGCAUCGCCAAAAAGAGAUGGGUGAGGUUGAGGGCAUGA